UACAGAACUUGCUCAAUAUAUGGUAUCAUCUUGUGGUAUGAGUGAUGUUAUUGGUCCAGUUCAUAUAAAAGAGAGACCAGGGUCUGAGAUGCAGUCACGUAUUGAUGCAGAAGUCGUCAAACUUCUAAAAGAUGCUUACGAACGCGUGAAAUCGUUACUUAAAAAGCAUGAGAAGUCAUUGCACAUUUUGGCAAACGCACUGCUGGAAUACAAGACGCUAAAUGCAGAAGAAAUAAAGCGAAUUCUUGAACAAGGGCAAGCAGGAGCAAUAUCAGCAAUAUCUGAUGAAUUAGUGCAAUAAGAUGAAGGAGAACUUGUAUUGGCAUAAUAGAAACUUGUGAUUUU